GGGCUGGAUGUGCGGCGCAUCCCACUCCCGUCUCGUGGAGAAGUUUGGGUCACAGCGGGCGUGGGGUGCUGCUCCCCGGGGGGGGUCUUUUUGGUGAGAAAACCCCUGCAACAGGCUCUGCCAGCUCCCUGGCCGAUGCCUCCCAUUGGGGUUUCGUCACCUGGCGUGAUAAAUCUGGGGUUUUAUCAGCGGAUGGGGCGACAUCAGCUCCCCAUGGGUGAUGACACGGAGCGGGGUCCCCAUCCAAAACCCUGCCCGCGGUGCUCCGGGGUGGGUGCUGAGGUUCCCCCCUGGCCACAUCCAGGCCCCCACCAGCUCUGUGGCCUCAGGACCAUGUCAGGGCUGCUCUGUGCCACAACCAAAUGCGGCUCAGCGUUUGGGAUCGUGCUCACGGUGUCGGUGGGCACCGCGUUCGCCACCCACCCCAUCCGAGGCGUCCUGGCAGCGGGGAGAGGCUGGAAAACCUCCGCGCUCCUGCGAGCGCCGCGUCUCGCAGGGAGACCAGACAAAUCACUUUAAUUGAUUUUUCCUUCCUUGCCUGCCUCAGCCUGGUGCCUCGGAGGAGGUUUUUUUUUUCUUUUCUUUUUUUUGUUUUUGUUUUUUUCCUCGGGGCGGCUGGGUGGCCCGCGGGCAGCGGGCACAGGGGCAGGCUGGCAUCUAGCGACUGGUGCUGGUAAUACAGAGCGGGGCUGGGAUGGGCCCAGAGGGACAACAGGGUUUUGGGGGGCUCUGGAGGGGCUCGCUGGAGGAUGCCUGGUGGUGUGGGAGCUCGUUCAGGGAUGUUAUUUGGGGUGGUCACUCGUGGCUGUGCUCCUGAGGGUCUGUGCCCCCGUGCCUGGCAGCUCUCUGAGCAUCUCCCCGCUGUGCCGUGGUCCCUUGGUCCAAAAUGCUGCCUGAACAGCCGGGUCGCAUCCUGUCCUCACCCCGAAAGGGCAGCAGGAGCGGUGUCCCCAGCCACAGGCAGCAGAGAUGCUGAAAAAGGGUAUAAACCAGAGUUUAUGGGCUAUAUAAAAACAUAAAGAGCCCGCAGAGAGCAAGGGCUUCCCGAGGCAGCUGGGAUCCCCCCCAGGCAGCCGCCUGGUUUCCACCCAUUAAUUUCUCUAAUUGCUUUUGGAAAUCACAGCGUUGGUGCUGAGCAUCCCAGCGAGGUGUUGAGCAGGGCCGGGGCGAGUUUCACAGACCCUACAGCAUCACCAGAGGGUGGGGACACGACCCCAGGGGGACACAGGGACUGUCACCCACCUGUGUGCCCCGGGGAGGGGGGGGGGGGGGGGGGGUCACCGCUCUCUGUCCCCAGGUCGGCCGCGAUGGGAUCGGUGGGAACGGAGCGCUUCAAGGAACUGAGCCCGGCGGGGACGCCCGAGGGGAACGUGGUGAUGAGCUUCAGCUUCGACAGCUACCAGCUGGAGGAGGACGAGCUGCAGCGGGGCAGCCAGGCCAAGGGCGUCCUCACCUUCAUGGAGCCGGUUUCUGAAGACCCUGAGCCACAGGACCGAUACCACGGGAUCUACUUUGCCAUGCUGCUGGCCGGGGUUGGGUUUCUCCUGCCGUACAACAGCUUCAUCACCGACGUGGACUACCUGCACCACAAAUACCCAGGGACCUCCAUCGUCUUCGACAUGAGCCUCACCUACAUCCUGGUGGCCUUGGUGGCCGUCAUCCUCAACAACGCGCUGGUGGAGCUGCUGAGCUUGCACACGCGCAUCUCCGUGGGUUACCUCUUUGCCCUGGGCCCCCUGCUCUUUGUCAGCAUCUGCGACGUCUGGCUGGAGCUCUUCACCCGCCGGCAAGCCUACGCCAUCAACCUGGUGGCCGUCGGGGUGGUGGCUUUCGGCUGCACAGUGCAGCAAUCCAGCUUCUACGGCUACACGGGGCUGCUGCCCAAGCGCUACACGCAGGGGGUGAUGACGGGCGAGAGCACCGCCGGGGUCAUCAUCUCGCUCAGCCGCAUCUUCACCAAGCUGCUGCUGUCGGACGAGAAGGAGAACACGGUCAUCUUCUUCUUCAUCUCCAUCGGCAUGGAGCUGACGUGCUUCAUCCUCCACCUCCUGGUGAAGCGCACCCGCUUCGUCCGCUACUACACCUCCUGCUCCCGCAAGGGCCACCCCGCGUCCCGGGGGGCCGGUGACCACGGGACAGGGUACCGCGUCCACCACGACGUCACCGCCGAGGACGUCCGAUUUGAGGACCGGCUGCGGGGACAGCCCGGCUCCCCCCGGGGCAGCCUGGGCCCCGAAGCCGAGCUGGCGGGCAGCGGCACCUACAUGCGCUUCGACGUGCCCCGGCCCAAAAUCAAGAGGAGCUGGCCCAGCUUCAGAGACAUGCUGCUCCACCGCUACGUCGUGUCGCGGCUCAUCUGGGCCUACAUGCUCUCCAUCGCCAUGACCUACUUCAUCACGCUGUGCCUCUUCCCCGGGCUGGAGUCGGAGAUCCACAACUGCACGCUGGGCGAGUGGCUCCCCAUCCUCAUCAUGGCCAUCUUCAACCUCUCCGACUUCGUCGGCAAGAUCCUGGCCGCCCUGCCCUACGACUGGAGGGGGACCCACCUCCUCAUCUACUCCUGCCUCCGCGUGGUCUUCAUCCCCCUCUUCAUCAUGUGCGUCUACCCCAACGGGAAGCCUGCCUUCGGCCACCCGGCCUGGCCCUGCGUCUUCUCCCUCCUCAUGGGCAUCACCAACGGCUACUUCGGCAGCGUGCCCAUGAUCCUGGCCGCCGGCAAAGUGAGCCCCGAGCAGCGGGAGCUGGCAGGGAACACCAUGACCGUGUCCUACAUGACGGGCUUGACGCUGGGCUCGGCCGUGGCUUAUUUUGCCUACAGCCUCACCAGCACGUCCCACAGUAGCUGUUUCUACACCGAAACGUCCAACGGCUCCUUCCUGGGGGGGUACUGAGCCCCGGGGACGGGUGUGUGUGUGGGGGGGUGUCAGGAUGGGACCGGGUCCUGUUGGCAUGGGGCUGCGGCCUCCCCGAAUGGCCUCGGUGCCCAUCCAGGUGUCCUCUCGCGAUGGUGGCCCCCAGAUUUGAGGGGUGGUGCCACUGCUCCUGGGGGACUCCCUGGGGUGAAGUACGGAGCUCUGGGGGUAUUGGGGGGGGGGGGGGGGGGCUUCUCUUUGAGCUCUUGCCAAGGAAAUACUGCACCAUCCCAAAAGGAAUGGGGACAGCGCUGAGAAGAAGGGCUGGUGAGGAAGAGGAGUGAGGGAGGAAGGUGCUGUGGGAUGGGGAGGCGAGGCUUUUAUUGACAGCGCCGCAGGAUUCCUCUGCAGCACUUGAAACCGUGCUCCCCCCACCCCCCCCCCAAAAAAAAAUACUCCAAUUGCUGUGUAACAGACCCGAAUUACUUCUGCUG